CCGUACUAGACAAUGUGUGGAUUUAAAAUCCAUUUCUUUAUUUUCGAUAUUGGUUUUCUGUGUAGUUCAUGAAGCCAUUAAGAGCGUUGAAGUGAUGUGGGACCAUUUUGUCUUCUUUUCUGUUAUAAGUGGCCAUGUUCGUGUCUCCUGUGUGUCAUGAUGUCACACACUUCUAAAAGUGCCUCCUGAUUGGCGAGUAAGGAUGGAUGAGGAGGAGUGGAAGUGGAACAAGAUGGGAUACAUGAGCUCAACCGUACAGAGCUCCUAAUCCCCACUCAGAUGGAGUAAUUACUGCCAAAAACAGAAGAUGACGUCUCCCUCACUUGCUCCCGAGAUGAAUUUUAUGGAGCUUGGGGAAAAAGUCAACCCCGAGUGUGAUGGGAGCCCUCCCACCUGCUUGGGGCAGGAAACACACAUCGGGUGGGAUGGACCCAGAAUCUUGGAAGCAUGCUCGGAGGUUUUGAAGAGCAGCAGCAGCAGUGUGUUUUCCUCUGAUGAUUCACCAGAGCCUGUCACUGACGAGGACUGUGCAGGAAUUCUGCUGGCUUGUCUGCAUUGUCGCUUCCAUGAGUUUAUGCACCUGCUGGUGGACACAUUGGACCGGGCUGUCGGCCAUUGCUUUCCUUCAGUGAAUCAAGUCACCGAAUCCAUUGAGGGCGACCAUCAGGGAUGGGAGUGCUUGACCUGCAACCUGGGACUGGACUGGAACUUUUGCAACUCCUGCCAGGACUCAGCAGAACUUCUCGAGCUGGCCAUGGAGAUCUCAGAAGUAUGCUAUCGCUGAGAAGAGCCCGGUAAACACGAGGGUGGCACGCUUUCAUACAAAAGUGGCACUGAAAAGUUGUCAUUCCAACACAGUGGUUCCCAACCAAAGUGCCGUGAGCAAUCAUCGGCUGUGCAAGAGGAAAUUGAGCCCGAGAACUCGAGCGACCAUGCUAAGUGCAAUAAUGGCCUGCCCACCAUGUGUCGGAAUUGGAAUGUAAACUUGAUUUAGUAUUCAACUGAAAGGUACUGCAUGCUCUUCUAGUCCACAGUGUCAAACUCAAGGCCUGAGGGCCAGAUCGGUCCCUGCCACAUGAUUUUAUAUAUCUCAUGGAAACAAAUGAUCUGCAUAGACUUUAUUUUUCUUGCUAGAGUACCAAAUUGCAACUUCUCGUUACUUUUAAAAAUGAGCAAGCAUUUUUUUUUUGUCAUCACCC